UUCGCCCAGCAAUCGAGAGCACAUGCGUCGACUUUAAUCUCCGUGAGUGAGCUCGCCGUGUGUUACAUCUGCAGUACCUUCUCUUUUACAAUUGACGAGAGAGACUCCCGCCUGUUUCAGCCCUUGUUAACCGACGGCCCGCCACGAGCACGCGCGACCCGAACUCAAAGUGCUGAGCGCUGUCCUUGAAGAUCGUCUAUCGUCUUGUUGACUUUCUCGCCGUCCUCCGCCGCCGUCCGUUCUCCACCAACAGUGUCCCGCCCCCGUCAUCCUCGUCGCGGUGUCCACGACGGUCUCUCGACAAAAACGUUCGACGCUCCCGCACGCAGGAUCACACAUGCUAUAAGCGAGCGGCUCGGCCCUUUUUCGACCUUUUAUCAGAUUUUGCGCCUCGCCCGUCGAUCGAAGCGACUCCCACGAGCGAAACGAAAAGUUACCCGUCCACGACUUACAUGGAAGGCGGAGGGCCUUCAUACAAUAACUAUCCCUCAAUCGAGGCCGAGGAAGAGGAACGGAGAAGGCAGCAGCAAUUACAGGCUCCGUAUUCACAACGACAACAACCACCGCCGUCGUAUUCAUCACCCGCGACUGCGCACCAGCAUCCGUCGCAACCGCCGCCUCCGUCAGUACCCCCACAUCCUGCACAAGCAAUGACGCCCGUCCACGGUCCUCGACGAAGGAGUGAGGGUGCGCUGGCGCCUGUAGCUGUCCCGGCUGGGUAUCCACUCCCGCCUAUUAACCCCUUCCACGGAGUCCCACAUUCACUGGACGAACAACGGCAAUGGCAACAGCAGCAACAACAUGCGCCGCCCCACGAAGCACGACCACCCUACAACCCACAGAACCCGCUCGAACACCGGUAUCCGCCUCCGCCGCCACUCCCUGCGCAGCAAAUUCCGGGUGGGAUGGUUCAGACGGCACAUACGCAGUCACUCACACAGCGUGCUGCGCCGAGGCAGAGGACGGCUGUUGCGUGUCGGUAUUGUCGGCGACGAAAGAUCCGCUGUUCAGGCUUCUUGACCUCCGCCGACGGCCGCUGCCAAAACUGUAUUCGCCUAGACCAAGAAUGCGUGUUCACUCCCGUUGCCGCAAACGUCGCGGAUAUCCAUAUCGCGCAGCAUACACCCCCGUCAUACCAGCAUCCACACCCCCAUCAGCAGGGUGGGUAUCCCCCGCCGCCGCAGAUGCCGCAGCAGGGCCAUUUACCGCAUUCGAGGAGUAUGUCGAGUGUGUAUCCUGGAUCUGGGCCGGGGCCUGAGAAUGUCACGCCGCAGCGGGGGUAUUAUGACAAUGAAUACCCCCAGUCACCGUCUACCGCACCUGGUCCUCCUCCACGCCAUCGAGGAUCCGCUUCCUCCGGGUGGUCACAACCCCAACCCGCACCCCCAUCUCAACCACCCCCUACCGAAACACCCAUCCCACUCCCCGUGUAUGCUCAACACAAAAUACAACGAUCACAUGAAUACGCCUCGUCAUGGCCUGAACGGACGACGCCGGCUGGUGCACCGUAUCCACGGAGGAGCUAUCCAAGUAGUCCGCCAAGACGUGUGGAAAGUCCGAGAGGAGGUGGAUAUGCGGGACAUGGGUCGUACGGUGGGGCUGGGGAGUAUAGUUAUGCUGCCGGGCAAGGACCUGAAAGACAGCAGGCGCAAGGUAAUGGAGGACCAGGACAGGGGCUUUACCCUCCAGAAUAUCAGUGGCGACAGCCAUCGUACGGUGGUCAUCCCACGCAUCAGGGCUCGGCGAGUCCGGAUCCGCGAGCUUAUGCUUCGCAGCCACAACAUCCUUUACCACCUCCGGCGACAGCACCACCUGCAUCGGCAAGGAGAGAGGGGGAGGGACCAUUGGCGUUGUUGAGUCGUGCAGCGGAACGGGAGAGGUAUCAAACUCCUGUACAGCCUCCCGCUCCUCCACCAUCUCUUCCUCCCCCAACUACUUCUCCUCCUAGAAUAUCGAGCGUGGAAUCGAGGCAACCGAGUCGAGUCCUUCCCGUCCUUCCCAGCAUCCGCACCGAGUUCGCAGCCCCAAUGCCUCCUGGCCCAACAUCGGGCUCAGGUUCGAAUUUAAGUCCGGGCUCGAGAGGGGAUGGGGAGGUACAGGGACCUAGGAGUGCGACUGCGAUGAGUGCCACGUCCACGGCGGAUAGGAGUCCGGUUACGCCUGCUGUGCUUCCCGCUCUCGUAGGCGCGGAACGGAGUCUGAGUCCGACUUUGCGGCCGAUGCAAUCAUCCCCAUCUCUCGUAGGUGAAAGGGUCGGGUCUGCUGCGCCGAGUCCUUCGAGGCCGAUGACUGCUGGUAGUGGUACAGCUGGUGCUGAACGGAGCGUGAGUCCCACGGGGGGUGUGAGUGGAGGAGACGCCGGCCCAGGGUUGAGACUACCACAGUUGCAGCCGGUACAGAGGACUGCGGCGGAUAUUGGGAUGUUGGCGUUGUUGAGUCCGGAUCCGGGACCGGGGGUGAGGAGUCCGAAGAAGAAGGAUGUUGAGGAGUGGACGUGAAAAGAAUACGGUGUGAUGUUUUUG